AUGCCGAAUAAUAAAGUCGGACCUGAUGAGAGCCAUGAAUCGCGGAACCAACGCCACCUGCAAGUCGUGUAUUCGAGGCAAACUCGAGAGCGACAAGUAUUUAUGCAAGAACUUAAGGAGAUUCGUAGACGAAAGGAAAAGAAUAUGAUAAAAACAAUUAAAGGAUUAAUUGGUCCGACAUGGUUGCAAGCUCUUAGUGUUCCGCAAAGAAAGGCGUUGGAUUCUUUGGAAUUCUCUAUUUAUCAAGAUAUAUUGGAAGGUCGACCUGUAAGGACCGCGACUAUCAUGCGACAACUAGGAUUAUACCCACGACCAAAUCACAUUGAUCUCAUGAAUUGUGUUUAUUUAGGCCGAAACGAUCCAAAAGAAAUGUUAGCUCAAUUAUUUCUCAUGACCUAUGGACAUCCAAUAGAAGGGAAAAGAGCUUCGUAUUGUCUUAAUUCGAGACUAAUUUUAUCAGGAAUACUUUAUUUGGGCCUUGAAAACUUAUUAGAACUAUUAAAAAAACGAUUCCAUGCGGAAGUUGUAAUAGAUUCUCCAGAACCUAAACCCAAAUUAAAAAGUCUUUCUCCAUUAAAAUCGCCGUAUUUGCAAGAUAUGAUUGCGGUACUAUAUUUGCCAGCGAAAAGAAAACCGUUUAAACCGGCGCCUCUUCCCAAUUUAGAUGACUUAAACGAGCCAUAUGAGGAAGACCCACCAAUACCUAAACCUCCACCUCCACCACCACCACCUCCACCACCGAAAAAAAGGUUACCACGUUCCUAUUGUGACAAACUAGCAGGCAUUAUGAAUAUAGAACCCUAUUCUUCCGUUACCGCGGUCGCUGUGAAAACUGUUACUAAAAGAAGCCAAGUUCAUAAGCUCCGUGGUUCUAAGAUGUGCGUUGAACUAAAGAAAACGUAUGGAAUAAGUAUGACACGUCCGAAUAAAGGUGGAAGGAGGAAAAAAUUGGUUGCUCCAAGCACUGGAAUUGCUAAUGCUCAGUACCAAAUUAACGGAGUUCAUAAAGUACACGGAAAAACCGUAUUCGUGCUUGGUAAUGUUUCUAUAUUGCCACCAGAUGGUGAUCUGAUUAAUGGUGGUUAUAGAUACAUCGGCGGGGAAUACAUCAACAUACAUUGCGGUUUCCGUGCAAAACCGCCACCUCCGAAACCUGACCCUUGUGAUUGCGUCAAGAAAUGGAACGAUGCCGUAUUUAAAUACGUGAAAGAAAAUAAAUGUCAAUGUGGACAUCACUAUGAUUAUGGAAAUGAAGGUACAUUCCCACCAGAAGAACUACCAUACUUUAAAAAAGCAACAAAAUUUUCUCCUUAUCAAUUCAACUAUCAAACUAUUUACAAUCUUGAUGAGAAACAUCUUUAUAUUGAAAAAGAAUUUAAAAGAAUAUGGGACACAGACAGUGCGCUUCAUGUGGGUGAAGGUGUGGCUCUCGAAAAAAAAGAUAAAAAAAAGAAAAAAGCUAAAAGGUCUUCUACGACAUGUCUCGGCGAUCAUCCGAAACCAGAAGACUAUUUGAAAUGUGCAUUGCGACAGAUGAGACGCAUAAAUAUUGCAGCUAAGCUACCAGAUGUUCAUUUAGUUCCAGAGUUGAAGGAGUGGAUGAGGAAACGAAUUUAUGGACCUUUUAAACGUCAUGAGAAAAAAGAAAUGCUACGUAAGAGCAUAUCAUUUUGGCAAACGUUCUUAACGCUAGCACAAAAGGAUUUCGGACAUGUAUCGCCUAAGAGAGAUUCUACUUACGCUGGCCACACAACUUGGGUACAUAAACAAGAGUUAAAUGAUAAAUUUCAGAAAUUUACUCACCAGUAUAAAUUAGAAUUAUAUAGAUCAUAUGCAAAUAUAAACAAUUUAUUGUGGCCGACAAUGUGCCAAGCCGAAUUCCCAGAUAAGAAAUUUCGAGAAAUAUAUUUUUCAUACCUUUUUGGGUGUAUAGAAGAUCUGCAUCUAAUGCAUCCUUACAGUUCAAAGGAAGCGAUGGAGCGUAAGUUUACCAUUGCCAGGAAGCGAUAUUGCUGUCCUCCAGACGGUUAUGAACCAGAAACUUAA